AUGUCAUAAUUGUAAAAAAACGUGCUCUCAAACAUCUCGGUGUUCUCUGUUUGUAAAUAACAUACAUUUAAGUGGAAAUGUUUAUGUGAAAUUUAAGAAACAAAAGCGGUUUAAACAUGUUAUAUCUGCUACUUUAAAUACUUCUACCGUGAACAUUCUAAUUGUGAUCAUAGAAACCCAAUGAAAGCAUAACCUCGACAUCGUCAACAAUGAUAAUAAACAAUUUACUUUUACAAAUUGUUUGUCAAGUACGUACAACAGACUAUUCUGAUUUCUUACUUCGAAGGUGCAUAACUUUAACUUCGUCGAAACAAAAUAAAAUAAGAGAAUAUUAUGAAGAAUUUAACGGCAAAGCAAUUACAAAGAAUAGAGAAAAAGAAAAAGAAGAUGACAGCGCUUCUGGAAAUUACUAAAUUAAACGACAAGGACAGAGAAGCAAAGAUACUCGCUCUGAAAAAAGCUUCCGAAGAAACGCGUCAAAACAAUGAUACGGACAGUAGUAGCGAUAUUUCUAUGGUAGAAGUCUCAAAGCGUAAGCGACCUUGUAGCGAGGAUCUGAAAGAGGAUUACUUGGAAAAAUCUGUAGAGAAAGAGGAUACGAUAAUUACCGAAGACUCGAAUCCACUAGCUAAUAAAAAACCAAAAUUGAUUGGGGAGGAGUAUCAGAAAUUGAGACAAGAAUUGAAAGAGCGUAAAAAGAGGCUUAAAACACUUCCUCGGCUUCAAUUAAAAGCAGUCGGUGAAAAUGCUAGUUUAAGUAUUAAUUGUAAAGAGAAGGAUAGAAUUCCUAUUUUCCUCAGUGAUAUACAGCAUUUAUUACUAUUCUCGAUACAUGGUAAUGAUUCACCUUAUUCGCCGUCAAGAUGGUGCCAUCUCGAGAAGUACAGUAAGGUCACCCACACUGUGGUCCUUGUCGUCGAAGGGCUUUCUCUCUAUCAUUUUAUGGCUUACGAAAGUAUGUUUCCACACAUAACAUCGAAAUUGGAAUUCCGUUUGGAAGUUGUCACACCUACGGCAUACGGAGGAUCAGUAGUGGAAGAUCUUGCAGCUGUUCCCAUAACUGGGAUACAAAGCGAUAGAUUAAUUAAAAAGUAUGGAUCAUUAGAAGCUGCUCUACAAAAUACAGGUGACGUAAUAAAAUUAUUAAGAACUGUUUUCCCGAUGCAGUACUAUAAUUCAAAUAAUACCGAGUCUGUUAAAAAAACAUCUGAACUACCUAACAAUGAUCAAUUUUCGCGAACACAAUUACUUUUGUCUUUAUGCCAACUGAUAGAAGAAAAUUAUCCGAUACCACUAAAGGGCGAUUUAGCGAAAAAAUACGAAAAUUAUGUAAUGACGAAGGACGAGUAUGUGGAAGCUACGGCAAAAUCACCAAUGUUUGGUUUAGAUUGCGAAAUGUGUAAAACAACGACCGGAGAAUUGGAGCUGACUAGAAUAUCCGUUGUCGACGAAAUGCUGAACAUUAUUUACGAAAGUCUGGUAAAACCGGAAAAUACUAUUAUCGAUUAUCUCACUCGAUUCAGCGGCAUAACGAAAGAAAUAUUGGAUGACGUGACAACUACAUUGGCCGACGUCCAACAAGUUUUACGGAAGUUGCUUCCCGCAGAUGCCAUUCUAGUGGGACAAAGCUUGAACUUUGAUCUUCACAGCUUAAAAAUGAUGCAUCCAUAUAUUAUCGAUACAGCAGUAAUUUUUAAUAUUACUGGUGAUAGGUCCAGAAAAACAAAGUUACAAACUUUGGUCAGAGAGUUUCUCGGCGAGAGGAUACAGGAAAGCAAAAGUGGGCAUUGUUCGACCGAGGAUUCGAUAGCCUCUAUGAAAUUAGCGCAAUUAAAAUUAGCAAAUAGUGUGGCUUACGGGGAUGCCGUGUUACUUCAUCGGUACAAUAAAGUGUUAAAAAUGGAAGAGAAACGAAAGGAAUAUAAGCAGGCGUUAAAAAUGGAAAGAAAAAAGUAUGCUACUUCGCUCUUCAAAUACGUAACGAAAGAUCAGAAAACAGCAGCAGUUGUGGGCAACGAAAAAAUUAUGAACGAAUAUUCGAAAUAUUUGACUGCUUCAAUCAAUGUUAUGGAUGAUGAGAAUUUCGAUAAAAAUGAUCAAGUGCGACUCGUAGUUGCAGACAAUGAUAAACAGGCCGUGAAUCGAGCUUCUCAAAUAGCAAUGGAGCACGCGUUUACUUUAUGCCACAUUCGAUUGCAAGAAGAGAAAUUAAAACCCGACGAAAUCGAGAAAACGUUUCACGCGGUGAACAAAUGGAUACGUAAACUGUGGCAGCAUAUGGCGAUCAACGGUUUAGCCUGCGUAAUAUUCACGGGGGAGAACAACACAGGAAGCGGUGCCUGUUUUAUGAACUUAAAAAGAGAAGUACCUGAGAAUUGCGUAAUACGAGCAUAAAACGGAAGAAUCUAUUAUUUGUAUAUUGUACUUUAGAGGAAAUCAUUAAAGAAUUAUAUGUCUAAUAAUAUUAGUAUCCAUUACAGAGCAAAAUACUAAUAUACCCAUUUCGACAAUU